AAUAUCUAAAUUCCAUUUGUUUCCAUUAUUUUCCCCAUGAACAGUGACUCUUCAAGUAGAUAUUCUGACUGGAUAGCUGAUGCAGGGAUAAAUCUCAAGCCUCCUGUACGAACAUCUCGACGCAAAGCUAUCAGAUAUUGUAGUACUUCAGAAGAUGAAGUAUCAGCAGAGAAAUCUUUUCCUCCAAAGAGGAGAAGAAAAAGAAGGAAAAAACCGAAACCGAAAAAGCAGGAAGAGAAUGUGCAGAAUAGUACUCCCACACAGCCAGUAAACGAAGAUGUGUUAUAUGACUACCAUCCUCCUGUUUGGAUAACUGACACAGCACUUCGAAAAUCUCCUUUUGUUCCCCAAAUGGGAGAUGAGGUAAUAUAUUUUCGACAAGGUCAUGAAGCUUAUAUUGAAGCAGUCAGAAAAAAUAAUAUUUAUGAACUGAACCCCCACAAGGAGCCAUGGAGAAAAAUGGUCCUUAGGGAUCAAGAAUUGGUAAAAAUUGUUGGGAUACGAUAUGAAGUUGGUCCUCCUACACUGUGUUGCCUGAAGCUUGCCUUUAUAGACCAUGCCACUGGAAAACUUUCAGACAAAUCGUUUUCUCUCAAAUACCAUGAUAUGCCAGAUGUCAUUGACUUUCUUGUAUUGCGUCAGUUUUAUGAUGAAGCACGACAAAGGAAUUGGCAAGCUUUUGAUAGAUUCCGAUCCAUUAUUGACGAUGCUUGGUGGUUUGGAACAGUGUUGGGUCAAGAGCCAUAUCAGCCACAGUAUCCAGAUAGUCACUUUCAGUGUUACAGUGUUAAAUGGGACAACGGUGAAAUUGAAAAGCUUAGCCCAUGGGACAUGGAGCCAAUUCCUGAUAAUGUUGAUCAACCUGAGGAAUUAGGAGCUAGUGUUUCUGUAACUUAUGAAGAAAUGGAGAAGCUACUAUACAAACCCCAAGAGGGAGAAUGGGGGAAAAGAUCUCGAGAUGAAGUAUGUGAACGGAUUAUCAGUGGCAUUGAUCAGCUUCUGAAUCUUGACAUUUCAGCAGCCUUUGCUGGUCCAGUUGAUCUGAGUACAUAUCCAAAGUACUGUACAGUGAUAGCUUAUCCAACAGAUCUUUGCACUAUUCGGAUGAGACUAAUCAACCGGUUUUACAGGAGGAUCUCUGCAUUGGUGUGGGAAGUCAGAUGUAUUGAAAGUAAUGCCAGCACCUUCAAUGAACCUCGGAGUGCUAUUGCUCGAUCUGCUAAGAAGAUCACUAAACAGCUGUUAAAGUUCAUUGAUGAUCCGGUUUGUACAAACAUAUUUGAGCUUAGUAAUACAACAGAAGAUGAGCAGGACUCUCUUGAUGCUGCUGAUCUGGAUGAUGAUAAAUGUCUUCCAAGAACUUCUUACAGAAGAGUAAAAAGACGGGUUAUGAAGAGACGAAACAACGUGAAAAUUAACUAUGAUGAAAAUACCUGGAAGAAACAAUGUAUGGAACUGGUGAAUUUAAUUUUCCAAUGUGAAGAUUCUGAGCCUUUUAGACAACCUGUUGAUUUGGAUCAAUAUCCUGACUACAGACAUAUUAUAGACACUCCAAUGGACUUUGGUACAGUGAAGGAGACGCUGGAAGCUGGAAAUUAUGACAACCCGAUGGAACUAUGCAAAGAUAUAAGACUAAUAUUUAGCAAUGCAAAAUCUUACACUCCAAGUAAAAGAUCAAAGAUUUAUAGUAUGACCUUGAGAUUAUCAGCGCUAUUUGAGGAAAAAAUGAGAAGAAUCGUUUCAGACUUUAAAACUGGCCAAAAACACAAUGAAAGACUGAGAAGAAGCCAGAGAUGUUAUAGGAGGUUGCAAAGUCAUAGCAUGGUACAGCACCCUAACAGAACACUCAGAAAUGUGAAGCAGAAACCCUUAAAAUCUCAGGCAAAAAUUGAAUCUGAGCAGGAAGAUUCUUCUACCCAACCUACCUCUAGCAGAGCAGCAUGUGUUACAAGCCAUAAAAUAAAUGCUAGCACCUAUGCCCACAGUUCUUCUGGCGAAUCUUCUGAUUCUGCUUGCAUAUCAUCACGUGAAAGAAAUGGAAAAGCUAGAACUACACCCUUAACAAAUCAUACUGCAUUGUCAUCAGAAAGUGAAAUAGAAGGCUCUUCAGCUUCUUCCUCUGCCUCCUCAUCAGGAUCUUCUUCCUCUUCUUCGUCAAGUAGCUCAGAGGAAAGUAAAGAGAGCUCUAUGGCUCUUGCAUCCCCAGUAUUACACAAUGGUAUAUCCAGAGCAAAGAACAGCAGCUUUAGGGUAACCAGAAAUAGAGCAGCUCAAAGAAAGCAAAUGGGAUCAGAUUCUCAGGAGAAUGGAAAUAUCAGAAAAACUGCCAGGAAAAGGCUAUAUAGAAGUGACUCUGAAAAUACUUCAGCAGUGGCUUGUGAAUCGUUGAGUAACAAAACUGGUAGACAUAGAAAAAUUCCACGCAGAAGUGCUACUGUGGCUGCUAAUAAAUUAAGGCUGAUGAGUGAUGUGGAGGAAGAGAUCUCCAGUUCAGAAAGUGUGGGCAUUGCAAGCAAGAACAGAAAACUGCCCCACCGCAAUGCUUCUGCUGCAGCCAGGAAACUGCUUUUGGACGGUUCUGAUGAUGAGACAGGUUUAAAGUCUGAAAGUGAAAAAGAAGUAAAAGAACAGUAUGCGAGGAAGAAAAAACUUUCUCAGCCUGGUUCAUCUGCUGCUAGAAGAAAAUAUAUUAGUGAAUCUGAAGUUGGAAGUUCAGAUUCUGAAACUGAUACAAGAAUGGCACACAAAAAUAGGCAAAGCAAUAGCAAAAAACCACCACAGAGGACGGUCUGUGCUUCAUCUCCUAAAAUUAAAAAUCCCACAAUAGAAUUUUCAGAGGACGACUCCAAAAACCAUAAGUCAGAGGAUGGGAGCAGUCAGAAAGUGUCCAGCCAGUCAACUUCUACACACAAACAGCAUGCAGUGAGCAACUCUGAGGAUGAGGAAGAUUCUGAGUCAGGCAGGUGGAAUGGUAGAAAAAUCAAGAAGGUGACAAGUCAAAAGCCUGCAACUCCUUUCAAAAAAGCAAAAGUCUUGAGUGACUUAGAGGACACAGCAGAGUCUGAAACAGAAGUGAAGGAGAAUGGAAGAAGUUCUGUGUCAGAGAGCAUGGAAACUUCUGGGACUCCAGGGAGCUCAAAAUCUGGACCUGAUGCUAGUUUCAAUUGCUCUUCUAAUUUAGCAUCUGAAACUGAUACCAAUAAUAGUAACUAUAGUGAUGCCAUAAACAAAAAAAGGAGGAAAAGGGAAGUCACUAAAAAAGGGUCUUUCUCUCAAGAGAAUGGACAUAGCAGAAGAGCUACCAGGAAAAGGUUAUAUGGGAGUGACUCAGAAUAUUCAAAGGGGGUUUACAAAAUAGUGAAUGACAAAGAUGGUGGUCGCAGAAGAAUUCCACGCAGAAGUGCUACUGUGGCUGCCAGUAAAUUAAGACUAAUGAGUGAUGUGGAGGAAGAGAUCUCCAGCUCAGAAAGUAUUGGCAUUAGAAGCAAGAACAGAAAACUGCCCCACCGCAGUGCCUCUGCUGCAGCCAGGAAAUUGUUAUUGGAUGGCUUUGAAGAUGACACAGGUUUAAAAUCUGAAAGUGAAAAAGAACAAAAAGAACAGUAUAUUAAGCGGAAAAUGCUUUCGCAGGCUGGUUCAUCUGCUAGAAGAAAAUAUAUUAGUGAAUCUGAAGAUAAAAGUUCAGAUUCUGAAAUAGGUGCAAAAAUGGCACCAAAAAAUAGGCAAAGCAAUGGCCAUAAACAACCACACAGGACAGUCUGUGCUGCAUCUCCUAAAAUUAAAAAUCCCACAGUAGAAUUCUCAGAGGACUCCAAAAGCCAUAAGUCAGGGGAUGGGAGCAGUCAAAAGGUGUCUGAUCAGUCAACUUCUGCACACACACAGCAUGCCGUGAGCAACUCUGAGGAUGAGGCAGAUUCUUUGUCAGGCAGGUGGAAUGGUAGAAGAAUUAAGAAGAUGACCAGUCAAAAGUCUGCAACUCUUUUCAAGAAAGCAAAAGCCUUGAGUGAUUUGAAAAACAGAGCAGAGUCUGAAACCGAAGUGAGGGAGAAUGGAAGACGGUCUGUGUCCGAGAGAACAGGACCUUCUGGAACUGCAGGGAGCUCAAAAUCUGGACCUGAUGCCAGUUUCAAUUGCUCUUCUAAUUUAGAAUUUGAUACUGAUUCCAAUAGCAGUAACUAUAGCAAUGCCACAAACACAAAAAAAAGGAAAAGGAAAGGAAAAACAAAAGUCAUUAGAAAAGAAUCAACCUCUGAGGAGAUUGGACAAAAUACAAAAGUGCUCAGGAGCAGGACAUAUAUGAAUGACUACAAAAAAUAUACAACGUUUUCUAGUGAGACAUUAAAUGCCAAAACUGUUACUGGAAAAAAACCUCCAUGCAGAAGUGCUACUUUGGCUGCUAAUAAAAAUAAGAUGAUGAGUGAUGUAAAGGAAGAGCUCUCCAGCUCAGAAAGUGUGUGCACUGAAAAAAAGAAUAGAAAACUGCCUCACCGGACGGUGUCUGCUGCAUCCAAGAAAAGGCUAAGGGACAGCUCUAAGGUAGAUGCCACUUUCAAGUCUGAAAGUGAAAAAGUAAAAGAGCAACAUACUAACAGGAAAACACACUCUCAGCCUAAUUCAGCUGCUGCUAGAAGAAAAUAUAUUAGAGAGUCUGAAAGGGGAAAAUCUGAAUCUGAGAAAGAGACCAAGAUGACACACAAGAACAGGCAUAUUAAUGACCACAAGCAGCCACACAGAACUGUCCGUGCUGCAUCUCUUAAAAUGAAAAAUUCCACAGUAGAAUUUUCAGAGGAGGACUCCAAAAGCCGUAAGUCAGGGGAUGGGAGCAGUAAGAAAGCUUCUGACCAGUCAACUUUUGUACGCAAACAUCAUGCAGUGAGCAACUCUGAGGGUGAGGCAGGUUCUGAAUCAGGCAAGUGCAAAGGUAAAAAAACCAAGGUGACCAGUCAAAAGGCUGGGACGUCUUUCAGAAAAGCAAAAUUCUUGAAUGCCGUAAAGGACACAGAGUCUGAAACAGGAGAGCAGGAAGAUGGAAGAAGUUCUUUGUGUCGGCGGACUGCUCCUUCUGAGACUGCAAAGAUUGGAAAAUCUGGACCUGGUGCCAGUUUAAAUUGCUCUUCCAAUUUAGAAUCUGAAACUGAUUCUAGUAACAGUAGCUAUAGGAAUACCACAAAAACAAAAAAGAGGAAAAGAAAAAGAAAAACUAAAGUAAUUAGAAAAGGUAAAAUUUCAAAUUCAAAUGUAUCUAAGCCGUCCAGAAGGCCCCAGCGAACAAAACGUCCUAAACUUAAUCAAGAAAAUGACUCUGACGAUGUGGACUAUACCAAAUAUAAAAGAGCAAAUCGACGUUCUAAAAUAAGAACUAGAAAUGGGGGUAGAAGGACUGUGAGAUAUGAUGAUGAUGGUGAUGAUGAUGAUAGAGGUCUAGAUUACAUAGAUUGUGGAACAUAA